CAGAAUCGAACACUGUUAUACAUUAUAUUCCUUCUGGUGCGUGCGUCUUACUACUACUGAAGGCACUAUAAUCAGACAUUCACAAAGAAAAGAGUUUCACAACUAAAAGGACCCAUUAAACUGCAGUCAUAUUUUGCAGAGGAUAAAGAAUAUAUGCUUGCCGGUAUUGCUAUAUUGCCAUUCUACAUGUGUUGCAGCACCUUCAUCAAUUGCAACGUUGAUGCUAGUUUCAUUAGCCUUUCAAAAGCGUUUUGCAUUGAGUGUUAGUCUUGAGCUAGCGGACUUUCAUAAAUUCAUGUGGUUAUUUCAAUUUCGACAGUACAGUUCUCCUUGUUUUAUGUUUAGUUUGACAGUAAACUUUAACUUGGAGAUGUAAUAAAUGGCUAAAAGCAAGUGAUUGGCCACUUUUUCUGGGAGAAUCGUUCACUAUCUACCAAACUGCGGCUUUUUGCUGACAACAUCGAGUGCUCCGUUCUCAAAAAUUUUGCUCUUCAAACCAAAAAUCUGUGGCUCAAAAUCUUUUGCUCCCUCUCUCUGUCUCUCCUUUUCACUCACUCUUUCACACAGCUGAACAGACUUAACGCCAGUCAGCACAAGCAGUUCAAGUUUAAUAUUUAAGCUUCACCUCCCACCUACUCGCCCUCUGUGUGUACCCGCGUGUGUGUGUUUGAACGGAUAUCAAAAGCCGACAGUGAGUCACUUGAGAGAGAUCGAGAACGGCUGGGCCUUGAGGGCCCGGUGAGCAGAGUAGCCAUUUUGCUGUCCAUAUCAGUUCCAGGGCAGAAACUAAACACCUCGGCGAGUGGCGCAGUAAGACAUGGAGAAGGCCAGAAGAUAAGCCUGGACCUUAGCUAGUUUCCAUUGUCAGUGAAUCACUGAAAUUAGCCCACACGAUGCAGAAGCCCACUGGAGUGCCCAUGUGGGUGAGUCACACGCCCACACCAGAAAGUAGCGCAGCCAACGAUGACUCCACAAGCAGCACAUCCAGUGCGCCACAUUAUUUAGAGAAGGACAAAAACGACACAAAAGGGAGUUUGAAUAAACUGAAAUCACUCAUCCCUAAUUCAUGGGGAAGCAUGAAGUGGAAGUGGGGAAAAGACGAUGCCGAUGACUCCGAAGCCAGCAGUGGUCCGAUCGAGAUCCUCCCUAAUGGAACCAGGGUGAGCCCUCCCGUGAGUCCCUUUGUGGAGCGCAGGAAAUGGGACGAACCCCCUGAAAGACCUUUUUUAAAAGAAACCAAUCAAAGCCCAAAUGAGGAUUCCCUACUCACGCAUAUCCAUCCCGCCGAGUAUUAUGCUGAGAAGGUGGAGGUUUACAACCAAAAGUAUUCUUACUUGAAGUCAUGGCCAGGCCUGCUGCGACUUCUCGCUGGCCUUGAGCUUCUGUUCGGGGCUAUGGUGGUCACUUGCGUCAUCAGCUACAUCCACAAAGACAGCGAAUGGUCCAACACGUACGGGUUGUAUAACGGCGUCUACAACAACGGAAUGGGCCUGUCGGGAUACAGCUACAGUGGACCUUUGACUCCCUUUGUCGUGUCGGUGGCAGGAGUGUGUUGGGUCAUGACAAUGAUCCUCUUGGUGUUGGGAAUGACCAUGUAUUAUCGCACCAUCCUCCUCGAUGCGCCCUGGUGGCCUCUGACUGAAGCUUUGAUCAACGUAACACUGUUCUUACUCUAUAUGGCGGCAGCCAUAGUUUACAUGAACGACUUGAACCGCGGGGGGCUGUGCUACAUGACCGUCGGUAUUAACCCCAUCUUAGCAGGUCUGUGUCGAGUUGACGGGGGCCAGAUGGCGGGAACCGCUUUCAUCUUCAUCAACAUGACCAUGUAUCUGGGAAGUUUUCUCGUCUGUCUGAAGAUGUGGCGGCAUGAGGCCAGACGGAGAGAGAGGGUGGACUUUGAGGACAAGGCAAUGAAUCCAGGGGAGAACCUCCUGGCCCCACCAAAAGCAAAACACAUUUCAUUCAAGACUGAAAGCGACACGAGAGGAAAUAAAGGUCAAAACAAGCAGCAGGUGCUCACCUCUGACUUCCAGAGAAGCCCCGACUGUCAGAACAAAGCUGCGGCGCCUGGCUGCAUCCCCAAAGUGCACAUCAUUGCAGACUAUGUCAUGAAGUACCCAGAGAUCAGCUGUGUGGAAGAAAGGGAAAAAUACAAAGCUGUGUUCAAUGAUCAGUAUCAGGAGUACGAAGAGCUUUACAAAGAGAUCAGUGCCACCCUGAGUAAGUUCAGUGAACUGGAUGCUGUCAUGGCACGACUCAUCACAGAUGGAAAAAGCAGAGAGAACCGAGACAGGAUUCAAAAUAUCGUAAAGCAGUAUGAGCAGAAAAAAAGCGAUCCUACUUUUUUGGAGAAAAAGCAACGUUGUAGCUACUUGAAAGCCAAACUGACUCACAUCAAAAGCAGAAUCCGUGCUUUUGACCAAGAGACAUCUGGAUUGAAUAAAUAACACUUCAUUUUAUUUUCUCGGCACUAUGACAGACCCCAUCUGUACAGUCCGCCCGACAGCACCACGUCCCACAGUUUCCAUCCCCCAAGAAGUGUGCAUUCCCCCCAGAGCCAAUAUGGUAGCUACACCUUCAAACCCCCUGCAGACCCCCACUACAUCGAGGAGACGCCACAACACUUCUACCAAUGGUUUUCGCCUCCUGGUUUUGUUAAAACCUUCCACGGAGCAACAGUUGCCAUGUCUUUCCUAAUUUUUGCAUGCGUGGCUUCAACAUUGGUGUGGGACACGAAUGGAUUUGGCUACAGUGUCGGUGGUGCAGGGAAUGUCGCAGGGGCAGGGCAGGGGUACUAUGGUGGUAGCUAUGGUUACAGUAGCUCCUACAUGACCCCGCAGUCUGCCAAGGCCGGAAUGAUCUCCAUUGCUGCUAUCAACUUCCUGAUUUCACUGGGGUUUCUGGUGGGAAGUUUCUCCCGUUCGAGGGCCAUGAAAGGAUCCAGUUUCUACCUCACUGUGUUCAUUUGUGACAUCAUCUUAGCUGUUCUUCAGGGCAUCAUUGACAUCAUUUUUGUGAUUGGAGUCAACCCAAUGUCCCAGAGCUCACAGACCAUGCUACACAAUCCAAUCCUGAUGAUGUGCCGCAACAUUCCGGACCGGCCCAGCCUUAGUGGCAGCAUAGGAGCUGGCUUUCCUGGGGGGUUUCCCAUGUACAACCAGUACCUGUACCACUACUGCUUCAUGGACCCAGAGGAGGCAGUAGCAUUAGCAUUGGGUCUGAUGGUGGUGUUGGCCCUGUCACUGGCUGCUUUCUACUCCUGGAAGACUCGUAGCAAAAUCUGCCGCCAUGGCAAAGCUAACAUCUACUGGGACAAACCACUGGUCAUGCAGUCUGAGGGGCAGAAUAUAAAGGACUGGGUAAACCAUGUUGGAGACGGAAGGAGCACCCAGGAGGCACCAACUGUUGUUAUAUCAGAGAAAGCAGCUUCUGACCUUCGUGGGGGAAACAGCUCAGCUUUGUAUUGCCGGGACAUAGACCUCAUUUACAGCGAUGGAAAUUUGAACCGCGACAACUCUUGUGAGGUUAGUAGCAAACAUCAAGAAGCAGAGCACCCGUAUCAGAACAGCAGGCCUGCAGUGUGCAGCAGCUCCUCAGGUGACGCAGACAGCGGCAAGAAACAUGCCUUAAGGGUCCAGAGGAACCACAGGGAUUGUGCAUCUCGGGAGAUGGUGGAAUUCCAAAAUGAAACGGCUUACACCACUGGAGGAGACACUGCUAAUGAGUUGGACCAAGACCAAGACCAACAUCUCUUCAGGGAGUACCCGGAAAUCAUCUCAGACCAGCAGCGUCUGCAGUACAGACGCGACUUUAACUCCUCGCUGGCUCGUUAUAAUAACCUGUGCAAAGAAAUGGAUGACAUCUGUGACCAGAUUCACAAGCUAAGGCGAGAACUGGACUCCCUGGACAAGGACUCCAUCAAGUACCAGGGUGUGGCCGAUGAAUAUAACAGACUAAAAGAUCUCAAAAGGGCACCAGACUAUCAAGCAAAGAAAAGGGAGGGCAGAGAACUUCGGCAAAAACUCUUCCACAUCAAACGGCUAGUAAAAAACUUUGACCAAGGCCUUUGUUAGCGCAUAUCUGUCAGUUAAACGCUGACGAAAAGAAAAUGCAAUCCUCAUUUCACUGUGCACUUUUAUAUUGAGAAACUUAAUGAAACACGUCGGUCACUUUAUUUACAACCAUGUCGCACAAAUGUUACCUGCACAGCUAGUGAACUUUGCUCUAAAAAUAAACAUUUCAGAACUUUUUUCACUA